GGCGACACCGAUAAAGUACUCGAUCAACAAUUUAGCAGAUGAUAAUAGAAAAACUAGACGAUCAAUGUGGAAGUAAUUGACAGGCAUAACACAAUAAAAGUAAAUUAAAAUAAGUUUAAAGUAUCCAAAGUCAUAAUUAUGUGAGAUUAUCAUUUAUUGAAUAUGUUCAAUCGACAUUGAUGGAGUAGACUAGACUAGCAGAUUUCCGAUGGCACUUCCGGUGAAGAAUAUUUUUUCAAAAAUCUUUAUUUAUUGUAUGUUUAUAACAAUAUUGCACACAUACGCAGAUACAAACAGGUGUAAUUACAAUGUAGAUAUCCUUUGGACGGCAGAGGUUGCUCAUGCUCCCUUUGCCAGUAGCCCCCUAGUAGCUGAUGCCAAUGCUGAUGGCCAGCUUGACAUCAUUUCUGCAGCCUUCACUGGAGAGGUGACAGUCAUAGAUGGGGAAGAUGGCCUUGUGCUGGAAAACUCAAAAUGGCCAGUUCAUCUCCAGGAUACAUCUGUCCAUGCGAGUCCCUUACAGUAUGACAUUAACUUUGAUGGCAUGCUGGACAUUAUGAUCACAACAUCAGAUGGGCAGUUUCUCUUCUAUCGGCAUGAUGGAAUAGAGAUUCCACUCAAAACAUUUACACUUGGCCCAGCAUACAUCUAUAAGAACUGGUACAAACAUGAUACAACAGUUAAGCGAGAUAAUAUAGGCAAAUAUCUACUAGAGAGCAGUGAUUUCGAGAAUCCAGAUGACUUUUUACCUGUGGACCCUCAUGUGUUAGCAACACCAGUUGUCGUAGAUCUCAAUCAAGAUGGCCGCCUAGAAGAAAUGGUUGUGCCAGUGUCAUUCUAUUUCAAUAAAGAAGACUACAGAGACCCAGAGCAAUAUGAAGAAAAGCUAGGUCUUCAAACUGUAGAAGAGUUAGACAAUUAUGUUGUAGGAGCUAUAGUUAUAGUCAACCUAACAGAUGGCAGCACCAUUCAAACAAUACAUCUGGAACUUUCUAAGGCUAGCUCAGAGUCACCAGCCUAUGUAUUAUUUACUCCAACCAUCAUUGACCUAGAUAGCUCAGGGGGAGACCUGGAGAUAGUAGUGGGAACAUCAGCUGGUCAGCUACAUGUACUCAACAUUCAGGGCACAGAGAGACAGGGCUUCCCUAGAACCAUGGGACCCAUACAUGGCCAGGUUACAGUAGCAGAUGUCAGGUCUGAAGGGCACCUCCAUAUCAUUGCCAUUGACACAAGUGGCACUAUCAGAUGUAUUGAUACAACUGGAGCAACCAUUUGGGAGGCCAAGAUAUCUGGAACAUCAUCGGCAGGCUCACAGAUAGCAAAUGUGAAUAAUGAUGCCCACCUAGAUGUUGUCGUAGCAACUAAUGAUGGGAAACUUUGGAGUAUAGAUGCUGUAACAGGGCAAAUAUUGACAGGAUUUCCCCUGAGUGUUGGUAGCCCAGUAGCAGGUAUGCCUCUUGUCACAAGAGUAAGAGAGGAUGCCAGACCAAACACAGCCCUUGAUAUGGUGGUGCUAGGAGACAAUGGUCAAUUGACCUUCCUCUCUGGGGAUACAAAGUGCAAGAAAUCGUUCAACCUUAAAGAGCGUUCUUUAGUAGCAAUACAAGCUGUUGAUCUAGUCAAGGAUGUAUAUGGGCAAGAACUCUUGGUAUUUACCAUGGAUGGGGCCAUUAUGUGUAUGAGAACGUCAAACAAAAGAGACCCCUUAGAAGAAGAAGAGGGAUAUGUCAAUGAUGUGAGCCAUGUGAGAUCUCACAAUGAUUUCACUUAUACUGAUGGAAAGGUAGGUUUGUACUGCACAGACUUUAAGCAUGAGAUGAGUCACAUAUCAGGGACAUAUUUCCCAGUAGCAUUUGAGAUCAGAGACAGUCUGGCAAGUAGAACAUCUGCACCAUACAAAGUCAAGAUUUACAUGGGUCGCCUCCUGCUGGCUGAAGCUGUCUAUGAGACUACGGGACAUUACACCCUGGAUGUGCCCACCCCUGACAGGCCUGUAGCAGGGGACAUUUCUGUCAUAAUGACAAACAAGCACGGCCAGGUGUUCGUAGAUUCAUUUGCUAUAGGAUUGAAUCUUGUGAUACUAAGAGACCUCCAAUGGAUUCUAACAUUCCCUUUUGUAGCCACAGCAUCAAUAUUGCUGAUCCUAUAUGGCUACCCAUCUAUUGACCUGUUACCUACAAUCACAUCAAAUCGCUCUAGGUGAC